AUGCUCAUAACCCCUAAAAGCAGCACGGUCAUAGCUCCCACACUUGUACCCACAGCACAUGUACCAAGGCAGAUAGAAACAACAGUAACUAACAUCCAGAAGUUCCCAAGCUCAGAAAUCACCAAAACGUCAACCCCGUAUCCACUGACAAUUACAGCAGCUUUGACAUCUAUUACAGCAUCAGCGAAAACAACUAGGCUUCCCCCUACUCCAGUGGGAAACACCUCUGCUCCUCCCGAAAGCACAGCCCUCGCGUUCGCUAACAUGACAGCAGCUCCUCCCCUCGAGUGCCGGCUCUCCUGGAACGUGAUGGUGAAAACAGUUCUGUUUCUGAACACAAGGAGGAUGCUGAUCAGCAAUUCCUUCAAAGAGAGUGUGAGAAGAGGACUCAACCAGGUGCUGAGACAAGCUUUCAACCAGAAUGUCAGUGCUCAGGUUGAAAUCCUGGAGCAAGCGAAUAACUUAACAGUUGGUUACUACGUUACCCAGGGGAGACUGGUUUUUAUGCCAGCCGCUGUAACUGAAAGGCUUCUUGCAUACGGUGUUAGCAACGCCACAGCAGACAUGAAGCAGCAUGUGCCACAUCUGCAUUCCGUGGUGGCCCUGGCCUUGCCCUGGAAGCCCCUUCCAGCCUACCACUUCCAGCUGAAGACGGAGCUGCAGUUUGUGAGUCAAACAGACAAUAUACAGUCAUGCAAAUUUGUUCAGACCAUGGAGCAACGGUUACAGAGAGCAUUUCAGGAUGCUGAGAGAAAGGUCUUAAACACCAGCAGCAACUUAACAGUUCAGAUUUUGAACACCUCCAAUGUCUCCCAAGCUGUCACUCUGUUUUAUGUAGUGAACAAUCAAAGCACAACUCUAAAUGGCACUAUUUCUAGCAACCUUCUUAAUCAGCUGUCAGCUGAGCUGGUGGGUUUCUACCUAACCUACCCACCUCUCACCAUUGCAGAGUCUUUGGAAUAUCCAAACCUUGAUGUCUCAGAGUCAACUAGAGACUACUGGGUGAUAACAGUUAUUCAAGGGGUUGAUAUUGCACUGCUGGGACUGAACAAUCAGAGCUUUGCAAGACUGAUGGAGCAGCGUUUGGCUCCUCUGUUUAUGAUGUCCCAUCAGCAAGGAAGACGUUUCAAACGUGCCACUACUGUGGGCAGUUACACCGUGCAGAUGGUAAAAAUCCAGCGUAUUCCAGGACCCAAGGAGCCAGCUGAGCUGACAUACUAUACCUUAUACAACGGGAAACCUUUGCUGGGGACUGCAGCUGCCAAAAUUCUGAGUACUGUUGACUCCCAGCGCAUGGCCUUGACACUGGGUUAUGUUAUUCAAGUUCAAGCUGAUCCUGUGGUGAAGAACCCCCCAAACAACCUGUGGAUCAUUGCAGCAGUGCUGGCUCCCAUUGCUGUGGUUACAGUUAUCAUCAUCAUCAUCACAGCGGUUCUGUGCAGAAAGAACAAGAACGACUUCAAACCAGACACCAUGAUGAACCUGCCUCAGAGAGCAAAACCUGUCCAAGGCUUUGACUAUGCCAAGCAACACUUAGGUCAGCAAGGAGCUGAAGAUGAGGUUUUACCUGUAACUCAGGAGACCGUUGUACUCCCGCUUCCAGUUAGAGAUGCUCCUGCCUCCCAAGAGAGAGAAAUUACUCAGGAUGGGAGUACCAUCAAAACUGCCAAAUCCAAUGAAACAAGGAAAAGCCGGUCCCCAAGUCAGAACGGCUCCAUCAUCAGCAAUGGGUCGGGGAAGCCCAGCUCUGAGCGGAGCUCCCUCCAGAAAGUAAUGGCACCGCAGAAAGUGGCAAAAGAGGAAGGAAGGAAAAGAAAUGUGCCCAUAAGUGAUGAAGAGGAAGGAGGCAUUCUCUUUGAUAACGUUGCCAAAUCUGCCAUUGACCCCUUCGACACCUCUUCGGGAUCGGUGCAGUUGAUAGCAAUCAAACCUGUGGCUCUACCUGCGGUUCAGGCUGCAUCAGACAGGAGCCAGGAAUCUGCCAUCAUUAAUGGAGAGGUGAACAAGGCUUUGAAGCAGAAGUCCGAUAUAGAACAUUACCGCAACAAACUGCGCUUGAAAGCCAAGAGGAAGGGGUACUAUGAUUUCCCACAGGUUGAUAAUAACAAGGGGCUGACAGACAGAAAAAGGAUGUAUGAAAAAAACCAGAAAGAACUUGACCACAUUUUGGAUCCAGAUGCAGAUGUCUCGUCCCCGUUUGCUGAGCCAAAGAACAGGCAACCACUGAAGAACUCUGUAUACAGAAGCAGGCAGUCUUUGAACAGUCCUAGCCCAGGAGAAACUGAGAUGGAUCUUCUUGUGACUCGAGAAAGACCUAGGCGGGGAAUCCGUAACAGCGGAUAUGACACCGAGCCUGAAAUUAUAGAAGAAACUAAUGUCGACCGUGUCAACGAGCCUCGGGGCUAUGCCAGGUCCCGUCAGGCCAAGGGCCACUCGGAGACCUCGACUUUAAGUUCUCAGCCCUCCAUCGAUGAGGUUCGGCAGCAGAUGCACAUGCUCCUGGAAGAGGCUUUCAGUCUGGCCUCUGCAGGCCAUGGAGGACAGAGCAGGCAGGAGGCUUACAGCUCCACACCGCACUUGCCCUACUCCGAGGUUGUGACCAGUGCGCCUGGUACCAUGACCCGGCCUAGAGCAGGGGUACAGUGGGUACCCACAUACAGACCAGAAGUGUAUCAGUACAGUUUACCAAGACCAGCUUACAGAUUUUCUCAGCUUCCUGAGAUGGUGAUGGGUUCUCCUCCACCACCUGUCCCUCCCAGAACAGGUCCUGUGGCUGUUGCAUCUCUCAGGAGGUCUACAUCCGAUAUUGGCAGCAAAGUGAGAAUACCUGAGUCCAGUGGGGCAGAUCAGGCCCAGCAUCACGAUCAGGCAUCUUUCGCACCGGGUUCAAGAGCUCCGAUGUCUGUUGGUCCACUUGAUCAGGCAGCUUUUCACUCAGGAAAUACCGUCCCAGCAGUGUUUGCCAUACCAGCAGCAAACCGACCUGGCUUCACAGGCUAUUUUAUCCCAACACCACCCACCGCAUACAGGAACCAAGCCUGGAUGCCCUAUGCUGGAGAGAAUGAAUUACCAGGGCAGUGGGCAGACUCAGUUCCACUUCCUGGAUACAUUGAGGCUUAUCCGAGGCCCCGCUACCAACAUAACUCUCCUUCCCGACUGCCUCGGCAGUACAGCCAGCAAGCAAGCAUGCAUCCCAGCCUGGAGCAAGCUCCUUUGCCAUCCACUGCAGCUUCCCAGCAAAGCCUGACGGAAAAUGACCCAUCUGAUGCUCCUCUUACCAACAUUUCUACAGCUGCCCUUGUAAAGGCAAUAAGAGAAGAAGUUGCUAAACUGGCCAAGAAGCAAACAGAUAUGUUUGAGUUCCAGGUCUAA